AUGGGCACGGGCGAAGAGUCUCCACCAGCAGCUGCGCACACGCCCCCACCACAGUCCCCUGCUGCGGCAGGACAGGGGACACCUCCAGCGACGACAGUUGAGUUCACCUCUCCUCCAAGCAACAUCGACGAGUAUGUGGAUGCUUUCCACGAUGGUGAGGAGGUGAGGUUUCGCAGGAUGGACAACCUCGUUGGCAACUCGGUUGUACCAGGCUUGGCAAGCCGAUUACUCGACGAUCAGGAGAUGCUCCUCGUCAGCGCAGAGGAGCCAUCGACUUUCGCGCAGGCCGAGCGCGAUGUCAGUUGGAGACGAGCUAUGCUAGAGGAGAUGAAGGCGAUCGAGGAAAAUGAGACGUGGGAGCUCAUCGAUCCACCUCCAGGCUGUCAUCCAAUUGGGCUCAAAUGGGUCUACAAGGUUAAGCGGGACGAGAGUGGCGCUAUAGUCAAGCAUAAGGCGCGCCUCGUUGCUCGGGGGUUCGUCCAGCGUGAGGGCAUCGACUUUGAGGAAGUUUUUGCACCAGUAGCGCGCAUGGAGUCAGUUCGCCUACUGCUGGCCAUGGCAGCAGCGAAGGACUGGUGCAUUCAUCACCUGGACGUGAAAUCGGCCUUCCUCAACGGUGAGCUAGCGGAGACUGUCUUCGUCAAGCAAGCGCCGGGCUUCGCCGUCAAGGGAGAGGAGCACAAGGUGUUGCGUCUGCGGAAGGCACUCUAUGGGCUGCGUCAAGCCCCACGAGCGUGGAACGCCAAACUCGAUGCCACCCUGGGUACGCUUGGGUUCACGCGCUGCGCGACAGAACACGCGCUCUACACGCGACGACGGGGGAAGGAAGAGCUCAUCGUCGGCGUGUAUGUAGAUGACUUGAUCAUCACCGGGGCAAGAGAAGAGGACAUCAACGGCUUCAAGCGCGAGAUGGCAGCUCGUUUCCGCAUGAGCGAUCUCGGGCAGCUCUCCUACUACCUCGGCAUCGAGGUGAAGCAGGGGAGAGACUCCAUCACUCUCUGCCAGCGUGCAUAUGCGGGGAAGCUGUUGGAGCGGAGCGGCAUGGCUGACUGCAAGUCAUGCGUGACUCCGAUGGAGGAGAGGCUGAAGCUGACGAAAGCCAGCACCGCGGGGAAGGUAGAUGCAACACUCUACCGGAGUAUCGUCGGCGGGCUGCGCUACCUAGUCCACACGAGGCCAGAUAUCGCAUUCGCCGUGGGCUAUGUCAAUCGCUUCAUGGAGGAUCCUCGAGAGGAUCAUUGGGCUGCAGUAAAACGGCUGUUGCGCUAUGUCAAGGGGACGGUGGAUCAGGGCAUCAUUUUCCCCAAGACCGGCGACGGAAGUGAGCUGCGACUCACAGUUUUCAGCGAUGCAGACAUGGCAGGCGACAUAGAUGGUGGCGUUGUCUACAUGCGAGGCGGAGUACGUGGCGGCGCCACAGCGGCGUGCCAUACGGUCUGGCUACAUCGGUUGCUGGGAGAGCUGACCGGCGAGAAAGCUAGUCCACCAGCUCUGAUGGUGGACAACCAGCCCGCCAUUGCCCUUGCAAAAAAUCCAGUCCUCCAUGAUCGGAGCAAGCACAUCGAUACCCGUUUUCACUUCAUCCGUUAUUGUAUCGAUGAAGGACAGAUUGUUUUAGGGUUUGUCGAAUCCGGACGGCAGCUCGCAGACAUCCUUACCAAGCCACUCGGCCGUCUUCGAUUCACGGAGCUGAGGAUCAAGAUUGGAAUGGUGGGAAACAAGCAAGAACAGCAGGAUUAG